AUGUCUUGUUGGGAACAAAAAAAGGAGCUUCCAGAUACAAAAUACCAAUAUUUAUUAAUUGCAGCUGAACCCUAUAAUGUUAUUGCAAUAAAAAUUCCAAAUUAUGAGAUUGAACGUAAAAAUAAUAAACUCAUGACAUUUUGGGAUAAUAAGCAAUUGAUAUAUCAUAUUCAAAUUUUUUUCCAAGAAAAGAUAAAGGAUAUCACUGAUACUGAUACUGAAACGUCCACUAAAGAAAAUUAA